AUGUCUACUUUUCUCUCCUUUUUUGAUGCCCACUUUUCUCUUCUUUUUAAUGACCACUUAUCCCCCCUUCUUUUUUCGAUAUCAACUUUUCUCUCUUUCCUUUUUGAUAUCCACUUUUCCAUCCUUCGUUUUUGCUGUCGAAGUACUUGUUUAACCCAUACAUCGUUUCUUUCUUUCAAUUUCUUUCUUUCUGUUUUCUUUCUUUCUUUCUUUCUUUCUUUAAGUCCUUCAGUCAAUUUUCUUUUUAAUCCUUUACAUUUACUCAUUUUGGUUUUUCCUUUGCUAAAAAUUCUACCUCUGUUCUUUCUUUCUUUCUUUCUUUCUUUCUUUCUUUCUUUCUUAUUCUUGACUUCUAACUCUUCAUUUUCUAUACAUCUUCAGGAUUAUUAUCAUUUUUAUUUCAUCCUUUUCAUAUUUUUCUUCUAUUUUUCUUCUCUCCACUUUUGCAAAAAUCCUUGUAUUACAUCUUCUCCUUCAUCACAUUAUUUUUCUUCUUCAUUAUCAUAUUUUUCAUUUGCCAUCUGCAGCUUCUUCUUCUUCUUCUUCUUCUUCUUCUUCUUCUUCUUCCAAUCAACAGUUUUCCCUCAUAACCUUCCUAAUCUUCCUCUAUUCUUUUUCCUUCUUCAUUCCACAACCAUUUUUCUUUAUUCAUCAACAGUUAUUUUUUCUUUUCUCUCUUUCUUUUCAUUUUCCUUCCAUCUUUUCCUCGUGACAAUUCUCUUCCUCACAAUUGUCACGAUUAUCUUUGCAUUCCCUAAAUUUAUUCCUUGCCUUUUAUUAUUCAUUUUUCCCAUCUCUGUUUGCCUAAUACUAUCAUCAUCAUCACUCGAUGAUGAUGAUAGCAUAUUUUCUUUCUUUUUUCUGCAGUCCUGCAACCUCUCUAUUGAGACCACCGCUUCUCCGAUCCCGCCACCAGUCAUCUUCAUUUUCCCAAUAUCUCAAUUUCCGUUAGAGAUUGGCCUGAAUGUGUCUUAUUUUGUCACGGAAAUGUCCUUGAAAUGUCCGAGAAUUUGCUGGUGGAAAUUUGAUAAACCACACCGCCCUCUCUCUCUCUCUCUCUCUCUCUCUCUAUCUCUCUCUCUUUAUCUCCCUCGCACAAACACACACACAUUCAGAUACUUAUUUCCAAUGUUCUCUUUUACUUGUCAUUAA